AUUGGAAUACUGUCGUGUCGUCUGUCUGUUUUUGUUUACGUGGUUACUGGUUUGGUUAGUUAAACUCAAGUGUUCAUUUGCUCUGUUACUAUAUUUACUAAUUCAUUAUAUUCAUUUUUAUCAAUAUGAACCACUGAUUAAAAUAUUUAGAUGUCAAACAAUCCAUUUGAUUUUAAGUAUUGAAUGUACAAUUAUUGCGUAAUUCCUAGCAAAUGGAUUUUUAUUUCAAUAUAGUAUAAAAAACUUCAAAAUGAGAGGAACCACUCGACUUUUUGUUGUGCCAGUUGGAAUUAUUUGUGUGUUACUGCUCUUACUCAGUGUUUAUGAAUUACGCUGGUUGCAAAACGAGCAUUUGGAAUAUCAUCAUGACGAUUCUACGAUGAAAACGAAAAUCAGUCCAAUCCAGUCACAGUCAUAUUCAAAGUCCUUUAGUAAUCCACUACAACGCACUUAUGCUGUUUUUGGAAGAGAUGUGGACUCCGGAUUCUUGAAGCACGUGUUCAAUGUAUUCCACAAUUUUGGCUACAAGAGACAAGAACUAAAUGCAUCCGAAGAUUGGGAUGUUCUGUGGUCCCAUGAUUAUCCAUUUCGUAAGCUGAAUACUGCCAUGCGAAAUUUGAAACAUCAUCAAAAAGUCAAUCAUUUCCCUGGCACUGGCUAUAUCACAAAUAAAAUGGAUUUGGCCACAUCAAAUAUAAAAUUUGUACCACGAGCAUUUAAAAUGCCUCAACAGAAAGCAGAUUUACUGGCAUAUGCCGCGAAACACCCCAAAAAGAUGUUUGUCCAGAAAAGUAAUGAUCAUAGAGGGAUAAAAAUCAAGCAGAUACAAGAUCUGGAUUUAAAACAAAAUGGGACGUUCAUUCAGGAGUUCAUUGAUGAUCCACUUCUCGUCGAUGGACAUAAGUUUGAUAUAGGAGUUUACACCAUUAUCACUUCUAUUGAUCCUUUGACGGUGUAUUAUUACAAUGGAGAUGUACUAUUCAGAUACUGUCCAGAAAAAUAUUAUCCAUUUGAUCCAGCGAAAGUUGAUAAGUACGUUGUUGGAGAUGAUUAUCUACCCACUUGGGAAGUGCCAUCGCUGAAGAAAUUCUACAACGAACAUGAAUUCUCCAUGAAAGACUCGUUUGAUGCUUACUUGAAACAAUCAGGAAGGGAUCCAUCGAAAUUGUGGAAUCAAGUUGAGGAAGCAAUACGCGAAGUUUGCUUAUCGAAAGAGCAUGCCAUUCAUAAAAUUCUAGUAAAUUAUCCAUCAAAACGGAAUUUCUUUGAAAUGAUGAGAUUUGAUUUUGCAGUCGAUAACGACUUGAACGUGUAUGUUAUGGAGGCGAACAUGUCUCCGAACUUGUCAUCCGCUCACUUUCCACCAAACAGACUCCUCUAUGAGCAAGUUCUAUUCAAUCUUUUCCACCUUGUUGGAUUAGCUUCCAUGUUGAGUAAAGAAUCCACUUCGUCAAUGGAAGUAUUGGCCAAGAAUGUGAUGGUCUAUGAGAAGGAGUGUUUCUCACCAAAAUGUGACGGAUGCAUGUCGCCCGAAUGUCAGCUGUGUCGUUCGUGUCUCACACCGAAUCAACUCGGAGUCUUGCAAAGAGCCUACAUCGAACACAACAAUAGAAAAGACUGCAAGAGAGCAUUUCCACCUUCCAUGAAAAUUCCACGCAAACACAUCUCAUCCUAUGCCCCGAUCGCCUCUCUCAGUCACGUCAAGACUGAAGGAGAUUUUAAACAGCCUGAAGGUGCUAGUUCAACUGCAUUACUUUACAUCAGGAGGCAAGCUAUAUGCAGCCAUCGCAAACAUGAAAUCAUUGAGUUCCCAGCUAUUCUAGUUGAUUCUGAAAAGCAAGCAGUUAUAGACGAAUUUCAUAGCUAUGUUAAGCCUGUAAAGCAUCCCAAACUAUCGGAUUUCUGUAUUGAGUUGACUGGAAUCGCACAGGAAACAGUUGAUAAGUCAGAAGAGUUUUCUGGAGUUUUUACCAAAUUUAAUAAGUGGCUGAAAAAGCAUGGAUUAGAUUCAAAAUCGAAAUAUGCAAUAGUUACCGAUGGUCCAUGUGAUAUGGGCAGAUUUCUGUUUGGCCAGUGUGAAUUUUCAAACGUACAAUUUCCCUAUUAUGCGAAAAAGUGGAUUAAUAUCAGAAGAGUUUUUAGUUCACAUUAUAAGUCGAGAAAGGUAUGUCUAGCGUCGAUGCUUCAGUCGUUUGGCGUUGAAUUCGAUGGUCGGCUCCACUGCGGCCUGGAUGACGCCCGGAACAUUGCCAAUCUCCUCAUUCACAUGAUCAAAGAUGGCGUCAGUAUAGACAUCAAUGAAAAUAUACAAGAGAACAGGAUGACUUAUAGAAGGGGCAAUAAUAAUCAAAGAAGACCAAAUAGCUUUCGAAUCAACAAUCCACGGAAAAAACAACAAAAUCAACGUCAGAACAAAGAAGUAGAACCAGAAAUAGUUGAUGAGGAGGAUUUGGAUUUUGCUAUGGGGUUGAUGUCAGUGCGCCUCGAGAGUGAUGCCAGAUGAGCAUUCAUGCCACACUCAACGCAACAUAAAAUAUAAACAUCAACUGAAAUCAAAAUUUAACAUGAAAAUAUGAUUCUCUGGUAAGAAUUCAUCUUAUAAAGAAAGCAGUAUCAUUUGUGUAAAUUUCAUCACAGUUAUUAUAAUUAGCCCCAGUGAAGAAAGAGUUCAUUAAUUCUCAGUGCCUUAAUCAAUCUUCAUACUUAUCAACUGAUCUUUCACAAAGUUUAGAAUGAGUGGUCGAUGUUUUAAAAACAUACGAUUCACGAUAUUGUGAUAAAUCUAUUAUCAGAUGAUACUUUGACUAUCAUCAGAUAUUCAAAAGAAAAAGACGUUGAUGUUGUCCAUAGCCUAUAUCUUACCAUACAAUCAAAUUAUCAUCAGAUAAUAAUUUAUUAUGUGGCUCUGAACAUGAUACUGUAUUCCUGUAGAAGUAAUUUAAGAUAUUCAUUCUAUUGAUAUUUCAUUUUAUAUAUCUUUCUGAUUUAGUGGUCAUGAUGUAAAUACAACUAGGCAUUUGUGUAAAUAGUCAGAGAUUUUAAUUUUUAUUGUUCAAUAAAAUUCAUAUGAUUAGGUGUGCCUUAUCCCGUGUAAUGGUGAAAUUAAGAGACAAAUAUUAUAUAACUCAACUGAAAUAUGAAGAACAUCCACUAUUUUAAAAGACUUACAAAGUAGCUAUUUAUGUUUGAAGGAAAUAAAAUAAUACUAUAUUUCAAAAUUAA